AUGAGUAGUGCGCAAUUUGCCGAAGCGCUCAACGGAUUGCUGAACGAUCCCGCUCGCCGGGCGGAAUGGAACCAGUGGCUUCAGGCUUUUCAGCGGAAACCCCAGGCAUGGGAAGCCUGUUACAACGUGAUUGGCAGCUCGGAAACCUCUGCGCAAGUGAAAAUAUUCGCAGCACAGACAUUGCGUACAAAGGUGUCGCUUGAUUUGCACCAGGUGCCUCACAAUCAACUCAUGCAUCUGAAACAGCAAUUUAUGACGCUAUUAAUGCAGAAUUGCUCUACGACUCCACAGGUCGCUACUCAGUUGUGUUUAGCUCUUGCGACUUUGGCGAUUCAGCUUCCCGAGUGGACGAACGUCGCUGAAGAAAUGAUCAGUGCGUUGGGAUCAGACGACACAAUUAUUAUUCUUUACGAGUUUCUUAGGGUUUUCCCGGAUGAGAUCCAGUCUCCGCGUUAUAAACUCACUUCCGAAGAAAUGCUGAAAGCUCGCGAACUAGCAGAAGUCAAGAAUCCAGCUCCACGUGUCAUUGAAUACAUCAUCUCGACCUAUCAAACGUUGGUUGCGAAAUCAAAAGUCCGGCUUGUGUUUGAAGCGUUGGCAUCGUGGAUCAGACAAGUCGACGUCAGUUAUGUUGUCAACAGCCCCGUGGUUGACUGGGUUCUCGAGUCCCUUCUCCGGAGUGAUCUCAGCGAGGUGGCUGCAGAAUGUCUUGUAGCCAUUAUUCGCGGCAGUGGGAAUAUUCAUAAACCAGAUGGCCAUCGCGAUGCAGACUUGCUAGCCCAAAAAAUUUUGAGUUUAGAUUGGAGCUCCAUAUUGGCCAGCCCCGAUGUGCUCGACCAAAACAACUCGAUGAUUAUAUUCUCUGCUAUGGUCGAAACAUGGCAUGUUUUGGUUGUUCGAUACGGUGGAAUUUAUCACAAGAUUUUUGAAAUCUUUGCUCAGAUUCUCACCUUGCCGACCGACGAUACAGAGUUGGUUCAGCAUAGUUUUGAACCCAUGGAAAAGAUCAAGACUCUUGUCACGAUGCCCAACUUCGAUUCUAGCAAAGAGCCUUGGCCUCAAUUCGGAUUAAAAUUGACUCAGGCAUAUCUCAAGUACCUUGAAUACCCCGAGGGCGACGCAGAUAGCGAUCUUUUUGAGGGUGAUCGCAGUGAGGAAGAGGCGUUCAGAAUGUCACGGUACGAGAUCUCAGACAUGCUCAAAAUUUGCUGCUCUCUUGCUGGACCGACCACGAUUUCCAAGCAUCUAGCUGAACAUCUUGGAAUGUUGGUCAAGUCCAGUGUGCCAAUUGAAAGUGGGUGGCAGAAGAUUGAAGCGUGUCUGUUUGCUAUCCGGUCGAUCGCUCGAAUGGUACCUUUGGAGGACCGGAGCAUUGUCGAGGUUAUGAGGCUCUUACAGCAAGCAGGCAACUCGGUCAAGGUAUUGCAUGCAGCAGUUCUCAUAGUAGGUCGCUACAGUUCAUGGACUGUUGCCCACAGCGACACGCUCAUCGUUCAGCUAGAACUGCUUGAAAAAGCCUUUGCAUACAACGACAGAACUGUAUUAAAGGCCUGCGGCCACGCCGUCAUGUACAUGGGUUAUGACUGCGGUGAGCUUAUGGCCCAAUAUUCUGUGCCCUUGAUUGAAAAAUAUCGAGCCUAUAUCGAUGUUUUUGACACGGAAACGAUGCAAUCUAUGGCGACAGGAAUUGGUCAAAUUCUGAGCGUCCAGCCCUACGAGACUAUCAAAGCCGGUAUUUUCAUGUUUUCCGAGCCCAUCAUGACCAGGGUUUUACAGUGUAACGCCAACCCAUCGGCAGUUACUGAAGCAGAUCUUGUGAGAAUUAACGUCGAGCUCGAUGGCUUGGCGAGCUUUAUUGCUACUUUUUCGGCCGAUAAUGGGGCACUUCCACCAAAGAUGCGGUACGUCCACCCUUUGAACGAGUUCGUAGCGGGGACCUGCGACGCCUUUAUCAACUUUGGCCAAGUGUUUGCUCCCCAAUCGAGAGAUGCCCUAGUGGGUCUGUGUAAAAUCUAUUCCAACUUGACCUCGGUUUGCGUUGGGAAUAUCCCUCAGCUCACUCCCCGUAUUCUAGAGGUCGUUGCCAAUGCCGGCCAGCACUUUGUCGAGCCGGUGGUGUAUGAGUACUCCGGAGUGGUUCUUCGGACCUUCAAACUGAUGCAAGAUGGUCAUCCCGAAGAUGGAGCCAGCGAGAUAGUCAGUCCCGAACUGAUGGAUCAGAUUUAUCAGUACACUAAGGUUGUUUCUGAUAUUCUUUUUGCCAAGCUCAGCUCUACCGCGUCUAUUCAGGACGUGUUCCCAGCUUUACUCGAGCAGGGUAUUUUGUACCUUUCGGAUGUGCUUGUUGCCCUCCCGAACGAAAUGACGGCAGAUGGCCAGUUUGAGCAUGCAUACAAGCUUGCAGUGCAGUGUUUGACCUGCGAAAACUUCGAGGUGUUGAGCGCUGUGCGCGACUUUUACCAUGAAGUUGUUCAUUAUACCCGGUACUGGAACGAGACGAGUGUUCCGCCCACCAGCGUAGGGCUCAAGUGCGCAGAAGCCAUGGGCAAAUACAGCCAGGAAACACUCAGCAACAUUUUCGAAGGGUACCUGUACUAUUAUUACGACUUUACGUCGGGUGCAAACUACAUUGUCGACAGCAUCGUAGGCGUGGUGGGCCCCGACAUUCUCAAGGUUCUUACGGGGCUCCUGGAAAAGAUCGACAGCGAGUCGGUUUCCGAACAAGAGAAGCAGGCGCUUUUGACGCGCGUCAACACCAAAAUCAGCAACAAUGGCCGGGGCAGCGGGUCCCAGAUCAACAGCUUUCUGCAGACCUUCAAGGCCCGGGCCAUUCUCCCUCGUUAA